CCUGCUCUCCCACAGCUGGCCGAUGCCCCCGGUGAGGCGUGGAGAGUGGGUUGACCACCUCUUGAGUAAGGGUCUCCUGUUACGUGGCGGGCCUUCAACCACCAGGCUGUCCUUCCUGACUCUUCACUGCUGUCACGCUUGCCUCUUUUUUUCUCCCCCCACAUCUCAGGUUAACAACAACGGGAUCAUCUCUUUCCUGAAAGAGGUUUCCCAGUUCACGCCGGUGGCGUUCCCAAUCUCCAAGGACCGGCGCGUGGUAGCAGCCUUCUGGGCAGAUGUGGAUAAUCGGCGGGCAGGCGAUGUGUAUUACCGGGAGAGCAAAGACCAGGCCAUCUUGGAGCGAGCGACCAAAGACAUUGCACAGUAUUUCCCCGAGUUCCCCGAGUUCGUCGCGCAGUGGGUGUUCAUUGCUACCUGGUACCGAGUGACCUUCUUCGGGGGAAGUUCGUUCUCUCCAGUGAACACUUUCCAGAUAGUCCUCAUCACUGAUGGCAAGCUCUCCUUCACCAUCUUCAACUAUGAGUCCAUCACCUGGACCACUGGUAUGCACGCCAGCAGUGGGGGGGACUUUGCUGGGCUUGGCGGCAUCGCAGCUCAGGCAGGUUUUAACGCUGGUGAUGGAAAGCGCUACUUCAACAUCCCCGGAUCCCGCACUGACGACAUCGCUGACGUGGAGAUGACGACAAAUGUGGGUAUCCCCGGGCGCUGGGUGUUCAGAAUCGAUGAUGCCCAGGUGCAAGUGGGGGGCUGCAGCAAUACAACCUCCGUGUGCCUGACGCUGCGGCCCUGCCUGAACGGGGGAAAGUGUAUUGAGGACUGCAUCACGGGGAAUCCCUCCUACACCUGCUCUUGCCUAGCAGGCUUUACGGGAAAGAGGUGUCAUAUAGAUGUGGACGAGUGCCUCUCCCACCCAUGUCAAAAUGGAGCCACCUGCGUCAACAAUGUCAACAGCUUCAGCUGCUCGUGCCCUCCGGGCUUCAAAGGUGCCAGCUGCGAGAUUGAAGAGUCGCCGUGCGAAACCAAGGUGUGCCAGAACGGUGGGAAGUGCCAGCUGGCAAAUGGGACGGCGGUGUGCUUGUGUCAGCUGGGAUACACGGGAGAAGACUGUGAGACAGAGGUGAACGAGUGUGAAUCCAGCCCGUGCCUGAAUGGAGGGCACUGUGUCGACCUGGUCGAUAACUACACAUGCGUGUGCCUGGAGCCCUUCGUGGGACAGCGCUGUGAAAUAGAUCCUUCCUCCUGCGAGGACCGGAGCUGCAGGAACCGGCAGACGUGCAACUACAUCCGUCCGGGACGCUACAUCUGCACGUGUUCCCCUGGUUAUUACGGCAACAACUGCCAAUAUGGUGGGCCCCGGGUGCCCAGUGCCUGCCUCUCCAACCCGUGCCAGAACGAGGGCAGCUGCCUGGAAAUGGAGCAAGGCUACGUCUGUGAAUGCCGGGAGGGCUACACUGGGCAGGACUGUCGUGACAAGCUGUCUGAGGGCUGUGAGUGCCGUAACGGGGGCAGCUGUCUGGAGGGCAAUGUCACCAUCUGCCAGUGCCCACCAGGGUAUUUUGGUCUCCUCUGCGAAUUCGAAGUGACCGCCACACCGUGCAAUGUGAACACGCAGUGUCCAGAUGGCGGGUACUGCAUGGAGUACGGCGGGAGCUACCUGUGCGUGUGCCACACUGACUACGGCACCAACCACACGAUGCCCUCCCCCUGCGACUCGGAGCCCUGCCUGAAUGGGGGGUCCUGCGAGGUUCAUGACGACUCAUACACCUGCGAGUGUCCUCGAGGCUUCCUCGGCAAGCACUGUGAGAAAGCCAAGCCGCGGCUCUGCAGCACUGCGCCUUGUCGCAACGGGGGCACCUGCAAGGAGGCCGAUGGCGAAUACCACUGCGCCUGCCCCUACCGUUUCACCGGCAAGCACUGCGAGAUAGGCAAACCAGACCCCUGUGCCUCAGGGCCCUGUCAGAACGGAGGCACCUGCUUCCACUACAUCGGCAAGUACAAGUGCGACUGUCCCCCGGGGUACUCUGGACGACACUGCGAGAUCGUGCCUUCUCCAUGCUUCCUGAGCCCCUGUGAAAAUGGCGCUACCUGCAAGGACCUUGGUGGGGACUACGCUUGCACGUGCCCCGUGGGCUACGUGGGGAAGCACUGCCAGUCUGAGAUCGAUUGCGGUGUCCCCAACAAGGUGAAGCACGCCCAGGCCUCCUUCAACUCCACCAAGGUGGGCUCGCUGGCCGAAUACCAGUGUGAGCUGGGCUACACCCUCAGCCAGCACAACAACCCCCGCGUCUGCCGCUUGCAGGGCGUUUGGAGCGACCCGCCGGAGUGUGACGAGAUUGAUGAGUGCAGGUCCCAGCCCUGUCUGAACGGCGGCCUGUGCAAGGACCGCGUUGCCGAGUUCCUGUGUGUGUGUGAGCCGGGAUACACGGGCCACCACUGUGAGUUGGAAAUCAAUGAAUGCCAGUCGGACCCCUGCAAGAACGGCGGGACCUGCAAGGACCUCCCAGGGUCCUUCACUUGCUACUGUCCCGAGGGCUUCGUGGGGAUCCAGUGUGAAACAGCCAGCGCCCCUUGCUUCUCCAGCCCAUGUGGGAGCAGAGGCUACUGCCUGGCCAGCAAUGGGACCCAUAGCUGCACCUGCAAAGUGAGCUACACAGGCAAGAGCUGCGAAAAAGAAUUGCUGCCACCAACCUCAUUAAAGGUGGAAAGGGUGGAGGACACUGGUGUGUUGAUUUCUUGGCACCCGCCUGAGGACGCAGUCGCCAGGCAACUGAUUGACGGCUACGCCGUGACGUACGUAUCCUUCGACGGCUCUUACCGCAGGACAGAUUUUGUGGACCGAAGUCGUUCUGCCCACCAAUUGCGGGCACUAGCCUCCGGCAGAGCCUACAAUAUUUCUGUCUUUUCAGUCAAACGCAACGUGAACAACAAGAAUGAUAUCAGCAGGCCGGUCAUGCUCACCACGCGCACUAGACCGCGUCCGGUGGAAGGCUUUGAGAUCACGAACGUGACGGCCAGCACCAUCACGGUGCAAUGGGCUCUCCACCGGCUCAAGCACUCCACUGUUAGUAGGGUGCGUGUCUCCAUCCGCCAGCCUGGUGACCUGGAAGACCGCACCGUGGAGCUGAACAGCAGCGUGGCCAAGUACACCUUCCUGGACCUGCAGCCAGGAGAGAGGUACAUAGUCCACGUCACGACGCUGAGCGGCCUGGGGACCGAAGAUCACCCCUCGGAGAGCCUGGCCACAGCCCCCUUCCACGUGUGGACAAGACCUCUUCCGCCAAGAAACCUCACCGCCUCCCGCGUCAGUGCCACCUCCGUCUACAUGACGUGGGAGCAGCCGCCUGCCGGCGCCGUGGAGGGGUACAUCAUCAACGUCACCACCGCUCAGAGCGUCAAGAGCCGCUACGUGCCCAACGGGAAGCUAGUGUCCUACACCGUGCGGGACCUGCUCCCCGCGCAGAGGUACCGCCUGUCCGUGACGGCCGUGCAGAACACGGAGCAAGGCCAGGUGCACAGUGAACCCAUCCACCUCUACGUCACCACCCUGCAGAGGGAUGGGACCGCGGAAAGACGAUGGAGCCAAGGUGGGCACCCCCGGGUCCUGCGCAACAGGCUGCCCCCAGCCUUCCUGCCUGAACUCCGCUUACUAGCAGAUCACGACACGGCUGAGGAGCCCUCGCCAGCCCCCAGGUUCACCGAGCUGGUGGACGGCAGAGGGAGGAUCAGCGCCAAGUUCGGCACUUCGCUGAGCAAAUCCAUCACUGUGAAGACACAGCCCGAGGCUCCCGUGAAGCUGGAGAACAUCGAGGAGUCCAACCAGGGCAGCCAAGCGCUGCAGCUGCUCGAGGCAAAGAGCAAGAAGGGGCGCCAGCCCCCCGCGUGGAGCAGAGCACGAGACUGCCCCGGGCGCUGA